UUGUUUUUUUUUUUUGUCAUCAACAAUAUGGAUGAAUUUCAAAAACUCGACAUAAAAAUUCCCAACUCUGUUUUGGUUGAAGGCAUUUCAGAUGAAGAUGGUAAAGAGGAAGUAUUUGACUUUUUGAAACAAUAUGGGAAGAUAACAAAAACUGAAAUCAUUUCUGAAGCUGACUCUGAGUUUGAGGGCCAGCUUGUGGUUGAAUUUAGCAGUGGUACAGCAGUAGCUGAAUUGCGUUCCAUUUUACCAUAUUCAUUCAAAUCAUCUGAAAAGUCAGACACAUUUUUCAUCUCUGAAUUAGCUGUUGUAUAUGCAGAACAUGUUUCACAGAGUAAAACUCAUUCUUAUUUACUUGAGUUACAGAAACUUGCAAAGCUCUCUGGCAUGGAUUUUGCAGAGGUGUUAAAAUCCACGAUGACUCAGAUUGGACAAUCAGUAACUUCACUCAGCUGCUAAGAUGGAGGAUCCUGAUGAGAAGUCUGAGGUUAUGGCAGCAGCUGCAGAUCCAACAAUGAAGGAAGAGCCAACGUUGUCAACCGCCACUGAUCCUACAGUUUCCAGACAGAGACUUGAGCAGCAACCUACCUCACGACAGAGACCUUCUCUUCAUGAUGAUGACAUCCAACCACCCGAAGUCCAGCGCUACGUGGUGGAACACAUUAUGAAAACUGAGGAAAGUGCUUACCAUCUACAAAGGCUCCGAGUGUUUUCUGGACGGCUGCCUAGACCAGCACAUGAAGCAGACUACGAGACUUGGCAUUCAGGAGUGGAUCUGCUACUAAAAGAUCCAUCAGUUUCUGAGCUGCAGCGAUCAAGGAGGAUCGUGGAGAGUUUACUUCCCCCAGCCGCUGAUAUGCUGAAGCAUCUAAGUUCAGAUACUCCACCUACUGUAUAUCUGAACAUAUUGGAUUCGGCAUAUGGCACGGUGCAAGAUGGAGAAGAACUCUUUGCAAAAUUCAUGGACACUUUCCAAGAUGCAGGGGAGAAGCCAUCUUCAUACCUCCAGCGGCUGCAGGUGAUGGUGGAGCAGUUGCUGCUUUAACCAAAUUGACUCAGCAGUUGGCAGAACAACUGGCAGAUGUACAGCGGCAGCUGGCUAAGCUAACAUCCACAACCACCCAGCCCAGGACUACAUCACAACCUAAAGUAACACACAGUAAGCAGGGUGAAAAAGGGGGCAAUACAGUGACAUCCAAACAGUCCCCACCAGUCCAUGUUAAACCUGGUUAUUGUUUCAGGUGUGGUGAAAAUGGUCAUAUUAAGCCACA